UGCAUUGAUUCUCCAGUUCAGAAGGUGGCGGUAAUGCACCUAUAAUCAGGUUUGCCAACCGCCAGUACAACUCAAGAAGAAGAGAACGCCGUUUGAGGGCCAAAAGCGUCAUGGCCGUCGGCAAAGCAAAAACUCUUUGCUAUAAACAAAUAGCGUCUCGGCAUAAUUCUUGGUAGCAUGAGCCUCUGUUUCUGCUCAACAAUGUCUGGUCAAGAGGAUCCCGACAAGGGUGUAGACAUGUGGUCCUCCCUCCGCUGUCUGGGCUAUCUGUCCAGCUUCAACCUGCUGGUCGCUGUGUGCCUGGGAAUGUACGUACGAUGGGAGCAGACGGCUGAAGGCACGAUACUGGUCAUCUUCAUCCUGGGUUUGUUCGUUUCGGCCAUCGCCUGUAUCCUCGACUACUACUUUUCAAUGGAGUCAGCCAGUUUAAGUCUUUUCCACCUGUGGUUUGGCUUCCUGCAAGGUCUCUUGUGCUUCCUCAAUAUCCCGUCUUUGGAGAAGGACAUAAAAGAGCAGGUCACAAACUACCUGUUGCUGGCCAGUGUGGCCGUUCGGACACUCUGGGCCCUGACGGAACGUCUGUGUGGUAAUGCUACGUAUAAACCUGUUGUUCUCACCUCAUUUGAGCUUCUGGAGCUUCUGGGCUUCGGUGUGGCAAGCCUCAGUCUGUUUUUCCACGAAUCGGUGGCUGUUAUAGCUCUAGUGUUCGCUUUGGCAGCCCUCAUUGUGGACCUUCGGAUGAAGUCGCCAUUGGCGCUCCCUAACCUCACCUGCUUCGCUGUGAUCACCGCAGUUUAUUUCUUCAAGUCUUUAAAGAUUAAAACCAACCCCUAUGCCCUCAGCUGCUACCUGGGACGGCUUAUAUGCGAACCUCUCUUGGACGUCUACUUCAGCAGCCUGUCGCCUACAGAACGCUGGAAGCAGUUUUUCUCGGCUGGAGGUUUGUGGAGGAAGUUGUCAUUGUUCCCCCUGAGCCUUAUAGAAGUGGCGUUCGUGGUGCUCUGUGCCCUGAAGCUGGGUGACAUGAACGUGUGGUAUCUGGUCAUCCCCGGCUUCUGUGUCUUUGGCCUUUUGUGGGUCCUGUGCCACAUGGUCUUCUUGGUCACACUGUGGGGUUUUCACACCAAGCUAAGCGAAUGCCAGAAGACGUGGAAGGCCCAGCGGUCAGACACGCUCAGUUUGGUCAGGAUAAUGGCCUCUAGAGGCAUGCGUCAUUUCUGCCUGAUCUCUGAACGCCUGCUGCUCUUCUGCCUGCUGUCCACAGUCAUACUGGCUGCUGUCUCAUGGCAGGUUACCAAUGAGCUCUUCAUGAGUGUGUUUUUGGUGUUACUGCCGCUGGAGUCUUUGGCUCACGGACUCUUCCAUGAACUGGGCAACUGCUUGGGAGGCACCUGCGUAGGGUACGCUGUUGUCAUCCCCACCUGUUACAACAGUGCGGAUGGCCAACCACUGUUACUGGCUCCGGGGCAAGUCCAGGAGUGCCAGUCCACAUCCACCUUGAACGCCGUUCAGACACUGUUUUCUCACCAUGUGAUCCAGACGUUCAGCUGUGACUACUCCACCAGUCUUAGCCUGGACACCCUGCUGGGAAAACUGCGCUCUUUUCUAGAGCUCUACACAGCAGAAGGCCCACGUCACGACACCUACGUCCUGUACUACAGCGGCCGGACGCUUCCCAGCGGCGACUGGGCACUGGCAGGCAGUGAGUGUUUACGUCUACAGCAGGUUCUCGACAUGUGGAAGGAACGAAACACCAGUUUCUCCUCCCGCCUGAUCAUGGUCCUAGACACCGAGAAUUCAGCACCGUGGGUGAAGGCCGUGCAAAAGGUCGAAGGGAUGUACGUAGCGGUUCAAGGAGCCAAGAUGAGCCCUGCCGGAGAUGCGGAGGACCAGCGAGCCCCCCGGCUAGGAGACUUCACGCAGGAGUGGGUGGAAUACAACUGUAAUCCUGACAGCGGCGUUCAGUGGUCGGAAAGGGGACGGGUCAUCACCGCUAUAUAUGGCGUAUCCAAACCCUGGAGCGACUACGCCCUUCACCUGCCCACUGGGAGCGACGUGGCCAAGCACUGGAAAACUCACUUCCCCCGGGCCACGUACCCUCUGUUGGUGGUGGCCAACUGGUGCUGUGGACUCAACCUGCUGUGGUUGUGUAGUGCCUGUUUGCGAUGUGUUAGGAGAAUGAAACUGUCGUGGUUUCCACCCAAUAUACUUGACACGGGGCAGGGAAUUAAACUGGUAAGGUCGUAAGAGGGUGUUUACUUUUACGUAAUAUGUAUGUUGUGGGAGAAUGGUUGUUGGUUUAGACACUCUUGGUGUCAUUUCAGUUGCCUUUUAUAAGUCGGUGCCUUUGGACUUGAACUGUGUCUUGUGCCGUGUAUACUCAAUACGGCAAAUCAUAAUUCUGUUACCAAAGAAGAGCAUUUGCACAGUUUUUAGACUGUAAGUGCCUUUUGUUAAUUUAUUAAGUUUUAAAGAGACAGUUCACACAAAUAUGAUUAUUCUUUCAACAUUUACUCUCCCUCAUGUCAUUGAACACCAUUGACUUUCAUUGUAUGGACACAAAACCACUGAGACAUUUCUCAAAAUAUUUUCUUUUGUGUUUGACUGAAGAAAAGAGUUGUAUACAUGUUUUGAACGACAUGAGGGGAAAUAAAUGAUGACAGAAUUUGUACUUUUGGGAUUUCUUUAAGGGUCUUUCUUUGGGUACGUUUGGAUGUAUUAAGCCCUCGGACAAACUUUUUUCUUGACCAGGAGUGUACAAGCUUAUAGCUACUUCAACAAAAGCCAUUGCAUUUGUACAUGCAUAUAAAAGCCAUAUACCUAGUUUAUAAGUGCUUUGUUUUUUUUUUGUCUUUAUAUAAUAAAUUCCUUAUCAACAUCUCA